GAGUUAAUCGUUGGUUAAUCGUUAAUUUGCUCUUACAUUGCAGCUGUGGUCAAGCAAGGUUCAAGAUCCUGUUCCAGUUCAUGAUGACUUGACACACCUAACCCUAGACGUCAUUGGUCAAGCUGCAUUUGGUUACAACUUUAACACUGUGCUGGCAGGAGAGAGUAAAGUCUCUGAAGCAGUCAGUGUUGUCACUGGCGGAAUGAGUGUCAGAUAUGUAAUGUUAAAGUCAGUGAUUCCAUUUUUUGAGUUGCUGCCAAUUAGUGAGACAAGAAGAAUCAAAGAAGCUAGAGAAAUAGCAGACAACACAGUGCUACAAGUAAUCCAAGAGCGUCGUAAAGAGAGGAAAACUGGGAUUGUUAAAGAAAAGAAAGAUCUUCUUGAUCUCCUGAUGGACAUGUGUGAUGAGGAAACAGGCACAAAAAUGGAAGAUGAGGAAUUAAGAGCCCAGGUGUUUACUUUCAUGUUGGCUGGCCACGAGACCACUAGUGUGGCUCUUGCCUGGACUCUCUACGAACUGGCAAAGAAUCCCCUCAUCCAGGAAAAAGUGAGAGCUGAAAUAAACACAGUGCUCUGUGAAGGUGAUGAGUUGACAUGGGAUACAGUCGAAGAGCUCAAGUACCUUGAAAAUGUCAUCAAGGAAUCUCUACGACUCCACCCCCCUGCCCACCUUACUGGUCGUAUUCCGAUCUCUGAUGAAGUUGUUGGGGGAUAUCUUAUCCCUAAGGGGGCAAUUAUUAUAUUGCCCAUUGAUUCAUUGCAGCAUGUUUCUCAACAUUGGUCAAAUCCAGAUGAAUUUGAGCCUGAAAGAUUCAAUGAAAAAGAUGGCCGAUCAAGUGUACAGCCCUACUCAUACUUUCCAUUUGGGGCUGGCCCGCGCAUGUGUAUCGGUAACAAGUUUGCUACGAUGGAAAUGAAAGUGAUGUUGGCAACUUUGUUGAAGACCUUCUCUUUCAGCGAAGUUCCUGGGUGUACAGUUAAAGCAGUUCCAUUGCUUACUGUCCAGCCAGAAGGACUUCAACUGCUUAUAAGACCUGCUGGUCCUGUUAAUUAAAGAAUUCAUUAGUCAUACCAGAUAUAUAUACCAUGAUAGCUCUAUACCAUAGCUCUAUACCAGAUACGUACACAAAUACAUGCAUCAAAACGGGCUGUCUGUCCAAAAAGGACGAGUUUCGGGUUAUGUUGACCGAAUAUCACAUAACGGGUGUCAAAACAUUUAUGACUUCCUUGUUGGUGGUUCAGCUCUCUCCUGGCACUCAAAGUAUAUACUGUACCGGCUAAACUGUAGAUGAGGCGUGCCUUUCGCUUAACGGAGCACUCGAGGAGUUAAAUAAUUAGUGCACGUCUAACUCCCUGACACCUCGCUCCACGAAAUGCGGAUGCUAUGUUAUUCCAUAUAUAGAGGUUUCUUUAUUGGGCGCCAAUCUAUAAUAACCAUCGGCGGAGAGACAAUGAACUGGGUGUACCAUACCAGGUUAUUAGGAGUUAACAUAGAUAAUAAACUCACUUGGAGUAGACAUAUUACAGAAUGAGGAAAAAACUUUGCCUUGACACUGAAUGUGUUGAAAAAGAGUUUAUUUCUCGGUAAAACUGUGGUCCCCGAUCUGUACUGCAAAAUUAUUCUCCCAUCCGUGACGUACGGCAUUCUUACCUGGGGAAGCUGUAAUGACAUGGAUCACAUAAAAUCUUUAUAAGUCUUACAUCGCAGAGCAGGGAGACUGAUAUUUAAGCUCCAUAGGGAUACACCAUCAGAUGUAGUGCUGCAAAUCGCAAGAUGUGAAUCAGUUUUUCACAUUUACAAACUGACCCUAAUUAAGUUUUUCUGUAACGUAGUUAGUGUAAGGACUCGGGCACUGCUUUGGAACAUGGUCACAUACUAGAGCACAAAGUAUCACCUUAGAGGUAUCAAGAUCGUAACUCGGCGAUUUUGUUCGUACAAUAUGAAAAACUCGAUAAGUACGUUAGUGGGACGCUCUCCUUUGGAACGCUGUAUCCAGGUAAACCUGUUGCUUUAAAAGAAAUCGUGUGUAAAUGAA